CAACACAGCGACAGCAAGCACUAACCCCCAGCCAGCCUCCCAUGGCUACGGCCCCCCUCGCCUUCCGCCUCCCCUUCCCCUUCCCCUCCGCGUCCCGCCCGCCUCCUCCCAGGACCCUGGCGGCCCCGCCGGCCCCGCGCCGCCUUCCUCCGCGCCUCGCCGCCGGGGCCACGCGACGGUUUCGUCCGCCCACCGCGGAUGACGAGCCCCCAGAGGCCGCGGAGGAUUCGUCCCACGGCCUCAACCGCUACGACCAGCUUGCACGCAGCGUCGAGCGCGCCCGGAGCCGGCAGCCAGAGAUCACCCCCGACCACCCGCUCUUCUCGUCUCCCUCCACGGACGGCGGCGCUGGCGGCGGGAGCUACGAUCCCGACGACGAGUUCUUCGACGAGAUCGACCGCGCCAUUGCCGAGAAGAGGGAGGAUUUCACCCGGCGUGGGCUCAUCAAGCCGUCCCCUGCUUCGCCGCCGCCGUCGCAGCCCGAGGAGGGCCUCGCCGACGAGCUCUCCUCCGAGGAGGUGAUCGACCUCGACGAGAUUCGGAAGCUGCAGGGACUCAGUGUUGUGUCCGUGGCGGACGAAGAGGACGAGGAGGCGGAGGGGGGCGAGGACGAGGAUGGAGACAAUGGCUUGCCGCUCGACGAGGAUGAGGAAGGCUUUGAUGUGGCCGAGGAGCUCGGGCUCGAAGGGGCCAGGAUGCGGCAGCCGGCCUUCCGCAUGACGCUUGCCGAGCUCCUCGACGAGAGCAAGCUCGUCCCGGUGGCCGUGACGGGCGACCAGGAUGUCGCGCUUGCGGGGGUGCAGAGCGACGCCAGCCUUGUGGCCGCGGGUGACCUCUUUGUGUGCGUGGGAGAGGAGGGGCUCGGGGGCCUCACCGAGGCCGACAAGCGAGGGGCCGUUGCCGUCGUAGCCGAUCAGGACGUCAACAUCGAGGGCACCCUGGCCUGCCGUGCGCUGGUCAUUGUGGACGACAUUGCGACCGCGCUCCGGGUGCUCCCAGCCUGCCUCUACAGGCGGCCGUCCACGGACAUGGCGGUGAUAGGUGUCACUGGCACGGAUGGAGUCACUACCACAACUCACCUCGUCAAAGCAGUGUAUGAGGCCAUGGGGGUGAGGACUGGCAUGGUGGGAGUUCUUGGGGCCUAUGCUUUCGGCAGCAACAAGCUUGAUGCGCGACCUGAAUCAUCUGGUGACCCCAUUGCCGUGCAGAAGCUGAUGGCGACUAUGUUACACAAUGGCGCUGAGGCAGUUGUGUUGGAGACAGCCACUGAUGGGAUGCCUCCACCUGGUGUGGACAGUGAGAUAGAUUAUGACAUUGCCGUGCUGACUAAUGUUAGGCACACUGAUGGGGAGGGUAGCAUGACAUAUGAGGAGUAUAUGAGCAGCAUGGGUUCUCUGUUCUCCAGAAUGGUGGACCCUGAGCGCCAUCGUAAAGUGGUAAACAUCGAUGAUCCAAGUGCCCCAUUCUUCGCUGCACAAGGGGCGCAUGAUGUCCCUGUGGUGACAUAUUCGUUUGAGAACAAGAAGGCUGAUGUGCACACCCUCAAAUACCAGCUUUCCCUGUUUGAGACAGAGGUUUUGGUACAGACACCGCAUGGGAUCCUCGAGAUCUCCUCGGGGCUGCUUGGAAGGGACAACAUCUACAACAUCCUUGCAACUGUGGCAGUUGGUAUUGCAGUGGGCGCGCCACUGGAGGACAUAGUCAGGGGCAUAGAAGAGGUGGAUGGUAUCCCAGGCCGGUGUGAGCUAAUUGAUGAGGAGCAAGCAUUCGGGGUGAUUGUUGAUCAUGCGAGGACACCAGAAGCUUUGUCAAGGCUUCUGGAUGGUGUAAGGGAGCUGGGCCCACGCCGGAUUGUCACUGUUGUUGGAUGUUGUGGUGAGAAAGAAAGAGGGAAGAGGCCGGUGAUGACAAAGAUUGCAGCUGAGAAAAGUGAUGUUGUCAUGUUGACAUCAGACAAUCCUGCAAAUGAAGAUCCAUUGGAUAUCCUGGAUGAUAUGUUGGUGGGUGUAGGCUGGACCAUGGAAGAAUACUUGAAAUAUGGUGCUAACGAUUAUUAUCCACCCCUUCCAAAUGGACAUAGGCUCUUCCUACAUGACAUUAGAAGAGUUGCAGUACGAGCUGCUGUUGCAAUGGGCGAACAAGGCGAUGUGGUGGUUAUCACUGGCAAAGGGAACGACACUUAUCAGAUUGAAGGCGAUAAAAGUGAGUUUUUUGAUGACAGGGAAGAGUGCCGAGAAGCAUUACAAUACGUUGAUCAAUUGCACCGAGCUGGAAUUGACACCUCAGAGUUCCCUUGGCGGUUACCCGAAAGCCACUGAUUUUUGUGUAGUCAAGAUAGUCGAGUUUAUCUACUCAAGGAGCAACGUCAGAUUCCCAGUUUUACUGAGACAAGCUUUUCAAGGAUAGGCUAUUCAAGCCUUGCAAGAAAAUUACUCCUGCAAGUGCUGAGUUUUCUAACCAAAGUGCUAACAACUAACAAAAAAACUAGCUUAUCAAUUAUUCUGUUGUACUGCCAGAUGGUCCAUGGAACUUCCCAUCUAGUAAAUUGUGGUCGCUGUGAUAGUGGAUUGGUGAAGCAUCCUGGUGUCAAAAAAGAAUGUAAGGGCUUUCUGGCGUUACAAUUUCAAAAACAGCAUGCCCCAUGGCAGUGAAUAUAAGAUCUUUUGGAAGUUAUCUUUUCUGUUAUCAUGCCA